UCCGAAUCCCUAAACUCAUCAAAAUCCCCAAAAUAAUUUUGUGAAAUUUCCCAUUUUGUGAGCUCCUCCACCGCCCAUCUCAAAGAACGAGAACCCUAAUCUCCGCCAAUGGCGACCGAUCACAAGCGCAAGCGAGGCCGCAAGGCCAAGCAACCCCUCACCGAGACCCUGGACCUUCAAAUUUCGGCCUCUCCCGCUGUGCCUGAUGACCCCGAGGCUUCCAACCCUUCCCCGCCGACCACCCGGAAGCGCCGUGGCCGUCCUCGCAAGGUCCAGCGCCAGUCUGACGCUGCGAAGCCAUCAUCCACCCCUACGGCUCGGUGCUCGCACCUUGUCGUUGCCAAUGGGGAUUGCACGGCCGAUGGCCUCAAGGUUGUCGCUGGGGAACCCCCGCCUAGGUGGGAGCAGGUGGCGCGGGUCGUGCCUUCCAUGGAUGCGGUCGUGAAAGUGUUUUGCGUCCAUACGGAGCCCAAUUUCUCAUUGCCGUGGCAGCGGAAGCGGCAGUACAGCUCGAGCAGCAGUGGCUUCAUCAUCAGUGGAAGGAGGGUGCUCACAAAUGCGCACUCAGUGGAGCAUUACACCCAGGUUAAACUUAAGAAACGUGGUUCAGAUACCAAGUAUCUUGCAACCGUGCUCGCCAUCGGCACAGAAUGUGAUAUCGCCUUGUUGACUGUGAACGAUGAUGAGUUUUGGGAAGGAGUUUCACCUGUUGAGUUUGGAACCUUGCCUGCACUUCAAGAUGCUGUUACAGUAGUUGGGUACCCAAUCGGGGGAGACACAAUCUCUGUAACAAGUGGUGUUGUGUCUCGCAUGGAGAUAUUAUCAUAUGUCCAUGGUUCCACAGAGCUUUUGGGGUUGCAGAUUGAUGCAGCUAUAAACUCUGGAAACUCGGGUGGCCCUGCUUUUAAUGAUAAAGGCAAAUGCGUUGGCAUAGCAUUCCAGUCCCUUAAGCAUGAAGAUGUGGAAAAUAUAGGUUACGUCAUACCUACACCUGUUAUUAUGCACUUUAUACAUGAUUAUGAAAAAUCGGGUGAAUACACAGGCUUCCCUUCACUAGGAAUUGAGUGGCAGAAAAUGGAAAACCCUGAUCUUCGCAAAUCAAUGGGUAUGGCACCUGAUCAGAAGGGAGUACGUAUCAGGAGAAUAGAGCCUACUUCACCAGAAUUUCAGUUUUUGAAGCCUUCUGACAUUAUUAUUAGUUUUGAUGGAAUCAAUAUUGCUAAUGAUGGAACAGUUCCUUUCAGGCAUGGAGAGCGAAUUGCAUUCAGUUACCUUGUGUCUCAGAAGUAUACAGAAGAGAGUGUAUUCGUCAAAGUUUUACGCAAUUCCAAAGUCUUGGAGUUCAAUAUAAAACUUUCAGCUCACAGGAGACUCAUUCCUGCUCAUAUCAAGGCAAAGCCACCUUCAUAUUACAUCAUAGCUGGCUUUGUUUUUACAGUUGUAUCUGUUCCCUAUCUUCGUUCUGAGUAUGGCAAGGAUUACGAAUUUGAAGCCCCUGUCAAAUUGUUGGACAAGCAUUUACAUGCAAUGGCUGAAUCACCUGAUGAACAAAUUGUGGUGGUUUCUCAGGUACUAGUGGCAGAUAUUAACAUUGGCUAUGAAGAUAUCGUCAAUACUCAGGUACUUGCUUUUAAUGGCAAGCCGGUGAAGAACCUGAAAAGUUUAGCAACAAUGGUAGAGAGCUGCAAGGAUGAGUUUUUACAGUUUGAUUUGGAGUAUCAACAGAUAGUGGUCUUGCACACAAAGACAGCAAAAGCAGCAACACUGGAUAUUCUCACAACUCACUGCAUACCAUCGGCAAUGUCCGAAGAUUUAAAGAGUUGAAGAGGAGAAUUUGAGUUCAUAUACCAGAUGCCUCCAUGAAACUCAUUGAAUUUACCCAUCUAAGAACAGCAGCAUCUGUGAUGAAUUGCUGUGUCUAAAGGUUUUUCUUGUUUUCUCCUUUAGCUUCUUCAUAUAUGCUCAGACAGUUUUGUUUUCAUAUUCUAUUGCUGAUAGAACCAUAACCUUAAAUAGUGAACAGUUUGAGCAUCCAGGAACAAUGAGCAUCUUAUCUUGUUUGCAUAAAUAGCUAUUUUUCAUGCAUGCAUUAUCUAUACCCUAUAAAAAUCUCAUAAUUUUGUGCCUGACCAAAUAAAAGAAUACUUGAAUAUUA